AUGGUGGUAGCGGUGUGCGACGAUGAUGAUGAGGCCGACGCGCUCGUCUCCGCCACCACUGUCUCGACAUGGGACGCGCCGGUGGUGCGGUCCACGCGCGCCGCGUGGGUGCUGUUCGUGGAGGAGUCGCGGCGGUUGUGGGCGAUCGGCACGCCCAUCGCCUUCAACAACAUCUGCCUAUACGGCACCAACUCCACGGAGCAGAUCUUCGUGGGCCACAUCGGCAACCACAAGCUGUCCGCGCCGUUCGGGGUGGGCCAGGUGGCCAUGCUGGGCGUCUACAUGCAGCGGUCAUGGAUCAUGCUCGCCUCCUCUGUCGUGCCGCUCAUGUCGCUAUACAUGUCCAUGCUCAGAUGGGGCGUCACCGGGGCCACGCUCGCCUAUGACGUGUCGUCAUGGCUCACCUCGCUCGCACAGGUGGCCUAUGUCAUGGGAUGGUGCUGGGAUGGGUGGACAGGGCUCAGCGCGGCCAUCGAGCAGCAUGAACAUCAACGGGUGGGAGGGGAUGCUGUUCAUCGGCCUCAGCACGGCCAUCAGCUGGCCAUGGUGCUCGUGCUUGCGAUGUGGGAGCAGUUCCCAGCCAUCUUCACCGGCGACAGGCACCUGCAGAAGGCCAUGUCUAGCAUCGCCUACCUGCUGGCCGUCACCAUGGUGCUCAAUAGCGUCCAGCUUGUCAUCUCAGGCAUCGCUGUGGGCGGCGGUUGGUAG